AUGCAUAAGUAUUUGCAGAUACGACCCUGGGUACGCCGUUACAGCCAGGGUUUCUUGCGGCCCUCGAGGCCGCGGCGAGGUGACUCGGCCGCCGCCCUGUGUGACGCUGUGGUGGCCAUCGAGCAGCGUGCUGCCGGUGGCGCCCACGCUACCACCUCCCAAUGGGCGAAGGACGGCGCGCGGCUCGCCGGCUGCCAGAAGUCUCCGGUCACCUCCGACACUGACACCGAUCGAAGUGUGACUCUCCUGCACCACAGCAUGCGGGACCGCUCAUCGUCGUCGUCGUCUGACGGUUCACCUGGUCGCCUGGUGAUAGACUUCUCACCCGACGGCUGUCCUCGUCUCUCAAAUCAGUCACCUGCUGUAACUCACCUCCACCUGGACGCCCCUCUUCGGAUUGCUUCGCCUGCUUCCUCUCACCGACUGGAUGGGCCUUCUGAGGCUGUCACCCCUGUCCGAUCACGCCGUCACCGUACGUCCUACCACUCGUCCGCACACGCUCGUCGCAGCGGCGAUGGCUCCGGCUCAAUUGCCUCCCUCCCAGGGGAAGCCGCAACUGCUUCGGCCGAGGGCGUGGGUCCCGCCGCUGGUCUCUCCUCUCAGGCUGCACCGUCAGCCCCACCGACGCACCACCAGUUUGCCGCCCCACCGUGUGUUGCUGCGUCUUCUCUGUCUAGCCGGCCUGUCGGGCCUUCUGACGACUUCACUACUGUCGGUCCAUGCCAUUACAGAAAAUCCGAACGCAUUCAACACUUUGGCGGCGUUUCCGAAUCUGAUGCGCCCUCUCAAGGGGAAGCCGCACCCGAUGAUGCCGUGGACUUGGGUCCCGAUCCUGGUCCCACCUCUCAGGCUCCAUUAUCUUCACCACCGAAGGAGGAGAAAAUCCAUCCAAUUGUGGAAUACCGUCGAAAGAAUUACCUUCAGCUGAACGCUGAACUGCAACGCCUCAUCGAGCCGCGCCCCCGACCAGCCGAGUCCGCCGUGCAGCGCCUCGCGGACAUCCUGAGGCCGUCGGCCGGCUCCUACCGCGUCUGCACGACGGCGUCGGAAACUCCGCCUCCCCGCAAGAGCGCUGCACUUGAGAGGCGGCCGGCCGCAGUGACGGCGAGUGAGAGGCGGAGGCAGGUGUGCGCGCGGCUGCCCGGCCUUUUGCCGUGUGAACCGGUCAGCGCGCCGACUAAUGCCCUGGAACGGCCUGGACCUGGAGAAAGUGCACCGCCCGUCAUGUGGCCGCCGCCUGUCCAGCGCGCCGCUCCAGCACCGCGCCGCUGCGCCUCUGGAGAAAUCGCUUCUGUCACUCGCAGAAGCUACGUCAGGGCGCCGGCUCCGACUGACUGCCUCCACUUGCUGGAAAUUCCCAGGCUGCCGCUCGGCUCCAGUUCUCUACUACCACUGGAGCAACAAGAGUUCCACCGCUAA